AUGCCUUCGGCUGCCCUGCAUCGAGAGUCAUACAAAGUAGGGCAUAAACGCAACCCUAAUCUCGCACAAUACAAAAUCACUGCUUGGGUUACAAUCAAGCCUUCUGAAGUUCGCCUAACACCUCGGGCAACUGACAUUUACGCAUGGCAGCCUGUUCAAGGCAAAGAGGAAAUAUUUUCUGAGAUAUUUGUCAAGAUAUUUACUAAACGAUUGAGUGAUAACUCGUCGAAUCGACGCCAUGACAUCAAAGCUAUUCUAUUAGAUGUGUGGACUGCCGCAGAAAUUGUGAUAGUGAGCGAGGAGAAGGUAUAUUGA